CCUUCAUAUUUUAUUGAAUUCAUCACUCUAAUUUUCUCUAUUUCUCUAUUCUAAUAGAUUAUAUCCUCCCCAAAGACCAAAGCUGUUCAUGGCCGUUCGUUUAGUGACCAUCUGGCUUUUCAUAGUCUUCGCUGUCAUUAUCGUGGCCUCACCAUCGCCAGUUUCUUCAAGAAAGCUGUUGGAGAUGAAGAAACAAGAGAACUUGACCGUGAGAGAGGAAGAGAAGAAUCAUAUGCCUCACGUGACCAAAACCACAACCCUAACUGCUCUGCCAAAGGGCAAAAUCCAAAACUCGGCGCCGAGCAAAAAGGGAUACGCCGUCAUCUCCAACGCAAAGCUCCGAUCUCGACAUCUCUCCACCAUUGACCGGCUUCUUCAAUCCGUUCCCAGUCCCGGCGUUGGCCACUGAUAGUCUCCGUUAGACUCCUAUUUCAUUUUUUUCUGUUUUAACUUUUUUUUUGUCAAGUUAGUACAUUCUUUAAUAUACCAUGGUAGUAUUACUACCCGUGUGCUUUACCCUUGGGUAGUCUUAAGGAAACCACUGACCAGUGAUAUAUGGUAGUUAUGGUACAAGUGUUCUGGAUUGGAAAAAUAAGUAAUUUAAUUUAGCAAAAAAUGUCGUUUUAAUUUUUAUAUAUCAUUUAAACCUCGGUGUAAAAGAAAAGCAACGUCAAAGCAAAUGUCUAACAAAUAAUUAAAAUUAUGAAU